AUGUCCUCCCAAGAAAUUCAGUCACUGCUCGCCCCCGCAGACAUGCAACAAGCAUAUUCCAAGGCAUCCGUAUAUCUCAACUCGAAAUUUAUCCUGCUUGAAGACCUUGGCUGCCUCGAGAAGGAUGUUGAACAAGCUCAACAAUGUCGCGACCAGCUGGAAGCUAGGCUAGCUCUUUCACAGUCAAAAAUCAACAUUCUCAUAGCAGAAACGCAAGUGGCCGCGGAAGCACACCGUCGCUCUGCACAAGAACUGUCGUUAGAGAGGCAUUCCCUCACCGAUGAACUUGCCAAUCUAUCCCAGGAUCUCCUGUCUUCUCUAUCAGAUGUAAAUCGGUCACCGACCCUUUUGGAGGACAUCGAGACAUUGCAUCGUAACUUAAAAGAAUUGAAGAGCGUCAAGGAAUAUGUGCAGACAAUAGAACACGCCUUGAAUCUUAGUGAAUUAGCAGUUCAGCAAAUAUCAGCCUCGUCUUCUGUAUCCAAUGACUCUGUAACUCAAUAUAGGACCCUGCGAGCAUUUGUCACAUGCGUUUCUGAUGCGUGUUCGGGCGUCGGGAGUGAAAACAAUGGCGGCAAACUAGGACUUGUAGCAUUUCUGGAGAGACUGCGGGAAACAACUUGGUCUCGCAUGAAGGCCGUUCUAUCAAAUGCGCUACUAUCUGCUGCCGAGAAACUGAAAUGGCCCACGACAAUCAGGUAUCCCUCUUUACCGUUAGAAGACCGAGUCGCGUUCGAAAAAUCUUUCUGCAAUCUCUUGGAACUCCAAAAUAUUGGACAGAGUUUCUCAAAUGACGAUGCGAAGUUAAGGUCAGAAAAGGAUGGUCUAUAUCCUCUCGAAACUCUCGUGCUGCCACUUUCCCUGCGAUUCAAGUACCAUUUUGAAGGCGAUCGGCAGACAAACCAAUUGCACAAGCCGGAGUGGUAUUUUACUCACGUUUUGAACGCUGUAAACGAUCACCAGAAUUUCAUGGAAAGUGUUGUUCAACAACUCCUCUCAUCAACCAAAUACAAGUCUUUCAAUGCUUGGCACGAAUUCACGCUUCUAUUGUUCCCGCUUUUGUCCCGGAAACUCAGGCGUACCGUCCCAUUAAUGCUUUCGCAUCCGUCGCUGCUCGCCCAUACUAUAUACCAAGCUCUUUCCUUUGAUGCGGCAUUGGUGGAGGAAGGGUUUACAAUAACUGACACUUCUUCCCGGGAUGCCUUCGAGUCCGGUCAAUGGCCCGGGGUUGCAGACAUCAUACUUGGAAGAAAGGAGUGGUUUGAAGCCUGGAUCGACGGUGAGAAAAAAUUCGCAGAAGAUCAGUAUCAUGAGAUCAUAUCUACUCCGGACGCUUGGCAAAUCGCUGAAGACGAAAGAUCUCGGCACUUGUCGAACAAAUUACAGGCACGUCACACACGUUCUAGCACUGACAAUACUGUUGAUACUCUUAUAUUAGACCGAUAUUCUCCUCUACCAAAUUUUACUCAGCGUACACGAUUCCUUAUUUCCGUUCAGCUUCCAAUAUUGGAGUUAUAUCAUGGCCGUAUAUUAUCCUCCUUGGAUGCCUUUGAGACAUUGUCUUCCGCGCUUGUCCGUGCAGUCCCAGGAGCCCUUGGUGUCAAUCUCGGAGGCAAAGAGGAUUCCAGUGUAAAUGUUGAUACACGGUCACUGACAAGCGGCGUGUCCGGUGUACAAAGGCUUUGUAAGGCUUUGCUGAGCGCGAACUACUUGGAAAUUUCAAUGGAAGCGUGGGGCGAAGAGGUGUUCUUCCUGGAAUUAUGGAUUGAAAUAAAAAAACGCGCCUCUUUGCGAGCUCGUGCCCAAGCCGAUCCAUUACUUCCCGAUCCGAAAGUCGAAGAGGACCAGCUCGGUCAAGAAACAAUAUUCGGAGAGCUAAUCACGCAUUACCGGAUGUUGUCCGUUCGCGCACAGGACAUGAUAGUCCAACAGGUUUGCGCGGAAGUCGAAGGAAACCUCAGACCUCAUCUCACAAUCACAACAUCUCCAAAUCCAGGAGCGGAUGCAGAGCAGGACGAAGUUUCCAUAUCACAAACGCUGUUGGCACCCAUUGCAUUGUUAUCGACCCACCUUGGCUACAUCCGUAUGAUUCUACCUCAAUCGACAGUCACUCUGCUUUAUCGGAGAAUUGCGUCGCGUCUUUCUGAGCAUAUCAUGCAAAGACAAAUACUGUAUCGUGGAAAUGUUGCCGUUCGAGAAGCGAGAGAAAUACAGGCGGAAUGCGAGCUGUGGGUAGAGACCAGCCAAGGAGGACUAGCUGGGGCCCUUGGUGGUGGACGUAAUCGUGUUGAAGCGCCUUGGUCGAAACUUUUGGAGGCCGGAAGACUAAUCGCAGCCGAAGGUCCAGCCUGGGAUAAGGCAGUGGACUUUACUUUCGGGGCAAAGAGCGAGGAUCAAUGGGAUGCCGCAAUGGUGGAAAUCACUGGAUUCAGUGAAUUGAGCCGUGAGGAAGUCGGUCGCGUCUUGCGGCGACGAAAGAGCGAGUGA